AUGAUAUGCCGACGGUGUCUCCAGCGAGCCUCGUCGCUCAGCUCGCGCAUCCCCGCACGAGUCGUCCCAACGACGACGCCGUCGUUCUUCCUCCGACCAUUCUCCAGCACGAUCUCGCGCCGAACGUCUUCGCCCGCCCCCGAACCAUCCUCCCCGUCGUCCGCGAGCGAAUCGCCCGCGUUCAGCACGCCGCUGGCCGACACCCCGGCCGCGGACGAGAAGCCCACGCUGUCGGCGUGCCCCGAGGGGACCGUCCUCACCGGCUUGAAUUACUUCAAGAACAGGACGGACCCCGUCGCCCUCGCCGACGACGCCUACCCGGCCUGGCUGUGGAAUUGCCUCAACGUCCAGAAGAAGGUGGCGGACGAGGCGGACGAUGAUGCUGGUGACGAGUUCUCCAAAUCCAAGAAGCAGCGAAAACUAGCCGCCAAGCGGCAACGAGCCCUGGAAGCCCGCCUCCUCGCGGAAGGCAACCUCGAGGCCCUGGCGCCCAAGAUCCCGCUGCAGCACCAGACCAUCAACCUCCCCGGCAACGAGGAGGGCACGACGCAGGGCGCACUCGCGGCCGCCGCCGCGAGGGAGGAGCUGCGCAAGGCCAUGCGCCGGGAGCGCAGGGCCAAGAUCAAGGAGGACAAUUACCUCAGGAGCAUGUAA